AUGCAGAGCGCUGAGGGUGCAGGAGGCGGGGAGGAGGGAAGGGAGGGAAGGGAGGGAAGCUCCAGCCAAGAAGAGAGAGGCGGCCAUCUGCAGGAUGGAAGUGACAGAGCGGCAGAGCAUGGCUCACUGGAUCAGUCAGGACCAGAGCCUGAUGAACCGACCCCCCAGCUUCACCCUGACCACAGUGAAGGGGAUGAAUACUCCCCUGCAGCCACACAUUCAGAGCAAGAACAUGUUGCUCAGUUAAUACCUCACCUCUCAAACCUUAACACAUCAGAAGACAUGGAGGAACGGGAGCCACUGCCGGAGGAGGAGGAGGAGUUCAUUGUUCUCGACUCUGAACAUCCGCUGGUCAGAAGGCAGCAAGCUGCUCUGAACAGUCAGCUCAGCAAGCAGCUAGAGAGGAUCAACAUGGAACUGAAGGAAAAGCUCGCAAUGGAGAAGGCAGAUGCCAACCACAUGCAGAACUUACAUAUUGAGAUAUUUGGGGUUCAAGAGCAGCUGGCCAGACUCCAGACCAAGCUGGAGGGCCGUCAACAUACCAAGGCAGAGGCUGAAGCCAAACGUCUGCAGGCACUGGAUCAGCUGAAGGCAAUGAAGAGCCAGUUUUCCAGUAUUACCAACCAGGACAUAAAAGCCAAAGCCAAUGUGUCCCAGCUACAGGCGGAGAUAGACAACCUGAUGCUGCAUCUCGUCUUCACGCAAGGAGUCAGUGAAGAUUUGCGCUCUAAUGUCAAAGCCAUGAAGAAUGUCAAAAGCAAAGCGGGAGCAGAGAAAAACCAGGCCAAGGAGCAGAAAUUGAAGCAGGAUUUGUAUGUAGAGCGUCUAACAAAGGACAUGGAGAGCCUGACGGAGCAAAUAGCCAUGUAUGAAGUUCAGGCCAAGGCUCAAGCAGAGGAGACACAGGCAGCCAAAGCAGCUCUCUCCGAGGCUGAGAUGGAAAUGGCAUCUCUGGUAAUGGCCCGUAAACAGCUGCUGCAGCAGUGGAGCGGCAGCCUGGUGGGAAUGAGGAGACGAGAUGAGGCCUUCAGCGCCAUGCAGGAAGCUGUGUGCGCUGUUGAUCACCAGAUGAUCUUGCUGGACAGAGAGAUUGAAGGCUACAAGAAAUCCACCGCUGAAGAGCAGGAGCAAAAUGAGACAUUAACUAUGCAGCUGAACUGGUCCCAGAUGGACUGUGCCACCUCCAAAAAGCUGAUCAGUCAGAAGCAGGCUAAGCAAGAGGCUCUGCAGGCCCACUACAGCACCUGCCUCCGUACUCUUAGGGAGACAGAGCGCACCCUCGCCAGGCUCACUAAGGAAACCAGCGCCCACCAGACUGAAGCGAACGAUCAGAGGAGGCAGCUGGAGAAAGAGAGUUCUGUGCGUCUGGAGUUGGAGGACCAGAUCAUGACCCACAUGCAGCAGAAGCUCACCCACAACAAAGCUGCCAAGUACUCCCAAAGGCUCACCAGCAAGAUAGCAUCACUUAAGAAGGAAAAGGUCUCUCAGUUGUGGCAGCUGGAGAACAGUGUAGUGGUGGUGGGACUGGAGAGCAGCGAGCUCAGCCAACAACUGGACAGCCUGGCCCACACCCAGGAGGCCCUAGACAAGGAGAUCGAAAAGUACAACAACUUGCUGACAACCAACCAGGCUAAGAUUUCUUCCUUUGUUAUGCAAACCAGUCAGAAUCAGUCCACCAUCAGCACCUAUAACAAAAAAAUCAGUGAAAUUGCAGCCAGAACUGGGCAUGAGGACCUGAGUCCUCUAGAAAUCAAGAUAGAGACAUUGAUGGCUAAGAUUGAGGAGCUGGCAGCGAAUAUCCAGAAUGACCUGAAGCUCUGGGUGAAACGACAAGAGACUCUAGUAGGACUGACCCAGGAGAUAGAGGCCAACAGCAAGGACAUGCUCAAACUGCAAACAGAGUACACUGUCAUGCAGCAGAAGAAAAUACGCUUGGAGAGUCAGAUUGAAGUGGAGCACCGUGAGGAGAGGGAGCUGGAGAAGAAUGCGAAGAUGCUGAAAGGAGACCUGCUGAAGCUCAACACCCUGCUGAGCAAGAACGGACAGCUCAGCCUGGCACUGGAGCAGGAGAACACACUGAUGGAGACAGACUUCAUUCACAGACUCAAGGAAGCAGAGUGGGAGUCUAUCGAGAUGCAGAUGAAGCACGAGAAGACCCAGGAGGAAAAAGAGAGACUCCUCAACACUCUGGUGGAGGCUGAGCGACAGAUCAUGCUGUGGGAGAAGAAGAUCCAGCUUGUAAAAGAAACUCGUUCAGCUGUCAACUCCGAGGUGGGCCAGGGAGAAAUCAAGAUGAUGAAGGCUGAGAUACACCGCAUGGAGGUGCGACUCAACCAGCUGAUGAAGCAGCAGGAGCAGCUGCUGAGGGAGAGUGAAGCGACAGUGGCGAGGAGGGAGACCAUCGUCCUGCGCAGGGAAGCCAUGAUCCACAGCUCCCACAGCUCCCACAAACAGAGCACAAUGGGCGAGCUGAGCCGCGUCAUACAGGGCCUGCAGCGCAAGAUCCAGGACACGCACAAGCAUGCGGUAGAGUGUGAGCAAGUGAUCAGGGAGCUACAGGAGAGCCAGGUGAGUCUGAGCGACAGUCUUGCACAGCAGAAGCAGCAGCUGAUAGAACUCUGCGGCACCAGCUACACCCUUGACCCCGACUUUGAAAAUCUCCAGGACACCAAAGACAGGAACUUAUCCCACCUGGUGACUCUACAGAACCGGACCAAGAAGCUGCAGGGGGUGCGUGAGGGCAGCUACAAAGCCUCGUCCACCAGCGAAUCUGUCGACGCCGCUCUGCAGAGCCAGAAGGAGCGUGUGCACGCUGCCAGCAGCAUCUUGCACUGCGUGUGUGAGGAGUUCCCCGAGCACCAGGGGGCGCUCCGCAGGCUGUCGCUGGCACUGGCAGCACACACACAGGCCCUGUAGCCCAAGACGUCCUGGGAGUGAGGGGAAGAUAGACAUGGCUGUGAGUACAGGACAGGGAGUGCAGAGGAUGGAAAGGGAGUAAAGAUGAGGCAAAGAUAAGAAGGAAAGAUUAGCUAAGUGAUGACCUGUGAAGAAUGAGAGGUGAUUUGUUUUAAUGUUUGCAUUCUUUUAUGCUUGGAAUGAAAUACUGAUUGUGAAACAAUGUAAUAAAAUAAAGACCUAUUAAACAGUAGUGCAAAUAACAAAAUCCUUCAUAGAGUUUGGCUUUUUCAGUCCAGUUGCCAGUAUGGGAGCUUUUAAACAAUGAAAGGUUAGUAAAUACAUAAAGAGUUGCUAGUGACAUUGUAACAA